AUGUUAACACUAUAUUUCAAAUUAUGUCCUUCGUUUUCAAAAAGUACACAAAAGGUACUCGAUGUUUGCAAACCACUGCCACCCUCCGCAACUGAACAUCAGCGCCACCGCCAACGCCGCCGCCAUCCACCGCCACCGAACACCGACGCCACCACCACCACCACUGCCAACACAACCCACCACCGCAACCACCCUCCGUCACCGAACACCGACGACAUCACCGACCACCGCCACCACCACCGCGCCACCACCACCGCGCCACCACCCACCGUUGCCGCUACCCACCGCCACCAAACAUCAGUGUCACCGACACCACAAUCCGCCACCACCGUUACCGACCACCGCCUCCGCCGCCACCCACCACCACCAUCGACUACCGGCAGUACCCACAACUGCCACCCAUUGCCGAUUUUAUUCUUCUUCUUUUCCUGGCUACCAAACACUAUAAGGUAA